GGCCACGUUGUAAGCAGAGUAAUGGCGUGCCAUUUCGCACAAAAAGUGCGCUGUUAAAAAUUUUCUCGGUGACAACAAACGCGUUAUAUUCUCAUCUUUUCAACAAAAUUUUUAUAAAAAUGUCAACAUAACUGUUAACAAGAAGUAUUUGUGUGUGGUAGUUUCGGUUAAAUCGGAUCAUCUUUACUUCAAAAGUGCGGCAUCCAUUAUUAGAAUUUGGCAAUUUUUUUUUACCGCUGAGUACUGACUGCACUCCGAUUGUGAAAAUCGAAUAUAGGCAAAAGAAAAGGAAUCCAGUACAGGGCGAGAGCUUUAAGCAGCUGCUAACAAUGGCGGACAUUGUUUAUCCCAACGGCUGCAGACCGUUGGUCGAAGAUUUGGGCACUGAUGAGUUGAUUCGUCGUCUCAAGACUCUGGCAAAUGUGCUUCAAACUAUGGAUCAGGACGAUAAUUUGCAUCAACAAUAUAUUCCUUUGGCCUUGCACUUACUCGACGAUUUCUUCAUGCAGCAUCAGUCGCGAGACGUUCAACUGUUGAUAGCGUGCUGCAUAGCUGAUGUAUUGCGGGUUUACGCUCCAGAGGCGCCCUACAAAGAGCAGGAUCAAAUCAAGGCAAUCUUCAAGUUUUUUAUCAAGCAACUGCACGGCCUGAAGGACCCACGUGAUCCUUCGUUCAAGCGUUAUUUCUACUUACUGGAGAACUUGGCCUUUGUGAAGUCAUUCAACAUGUGUUUUGAGCUUGAAGAUUGUCAAGAAAUAUUUUACGAGCUAUUCAGCACCGUCUUCAAGAUUAUCAAUGAUCAGCAUAGCGUUAAAGUGAAAAACUUCUUUUUGGAUGUGCUGAGUCCCUUAAUAACUGAGGCUGACAACUUGUCGGUAGAACUCCUGGAUCUUAUUCUGAUCAAUAUUGUGGAGCCCAAUAAAUCAACGAAUAAAUAUGCACAUGAGCUGACGGAGCAGUUGCUAGUAAAGACUGGCGAUGCAUUUGAAGCAACCAUUAAAUUGUUUUUCAAUCGUUCAUUGGUCAUGGACAAACCAAAUUCGAAGCUUUCGAUAACGAGCAAGAUCUAUGAUAUAAUCUAUGAGCUUAACCAAAUCAACAGUGAUCUUCUCUGUUCCGUACUGCCUCAGUUAGAGAAUAAACUUCUCUCCACAGACGAUGCCGAGAGAUUAAGGGCCACUACAUUGCUGGCGCGCAUGUUCUCCGAGAAGGAUUCGCAGCUGUCCAAGAAGUAUCCAUCGCUUUUGCGAGUUUUCUUUGGUCGUUUUUGCGACAUAACCGAACCGGUUCGCGUGAAAUGCGUUCAAUCCUCAAUGCACUUUCUGCUAAAUCAUCCUCAUCUGCAACCUGAAAUCACAGAGAAGUUACGCGUGCGUCACCACGAUCUGGAUGAACUAGUGCGCCAUGAAGUUGUUAUGGCUAUUGUGGAAACCGCAAAGAGAAAUUUUGAGAUUGUCGUCAAAUCGCCGGAACUGUUGGAGAUUGUGCGUGAGCGCACAAUGGACAAGAAAUACAAAAUUCGUCGAGACGCCAUGAACGGACUUGGCUAUAUCUAUAGACGCGCCAUCUGUGAGCCAAACGACUUGAGUCCCGAGGUGAAGCAACAAGUUGAAUGGAUUAAGAAUAAAAUCAUGCACGGCUACUACAAGGUGUGUCUAGAGGAUAAACUGAUGGUGGAACGACUGCUUAUAACCUGCCUGGUACCAUACAAACUGGCGCCUGAAGAGCGCAUGAAAAAGUUGUAUCAUCUGCUUAGCGAUCUCGAUACAAAUGCGACUAAGGCAUUUGUCGAGCUGCAAAAAAAUCAAAUGAAAUCACGUCACACGGUCAGCGAUUGGAUUAAGCUGCAUCACUCCAAGGAGUUUACGCCACGCGUGCUGAGCCAACUGGCUGCCAAACAGAGUACCAUUGCCAAACUGUUGCCGGAACCUUUGAAGGCUAAUGAAUAUAUCACUCAGUUUAGUCAGCAUCUCCGCAAGGAUGCCCAACUGCUUCGCUGUGUCAAUAUUGUGCUUAAGCGAGAUGUCAGUUGCCGCGAGUGCGCUGAUACCAUGAGUGUGCUGCUCAAGAAAUUGGGCGCUCAUAUUAUGACAAAUCUUUACUAUAACACGGUCAAGAUGCUCAUUGAGCGUGUGGCGUCUGUAAUGGUUGAUAAAGAGUCCAUUGGAGUGCUCAUAAGCCUAAUCGAGCAGUGCAUUCAGGGUGGUGAUAUCUGCAAUGAAAUUGGAAUAUCGCCAGAUGAAGCGGGUGAACGCGGCCUCAAGCUGUUAAGCAUGUUAUCGUAUGUGUUUUCCGCACACUUCUUUACGGAUACCUCUCUGCGCCAUCUGAUUGCACUGCUGAGCUAUGAUCAUGAAUAUGUGGCUCCGUUGGUGUUGAAAACGUUGACACAUUUGGGUCGUUAUCAGCCGCUGAUUGACGAUGCAAAUCCAGCCAUAUUGAGUGAGCUGGCGCCCAUUUGCAAAGACUUUGCCCUAAUGGGGACACCCAAACAGGCCAAGCAUGCGGUGCGCUGUAUCUUUGUCAACAGUCAGUCAUCGUCUACGGCAACAACGGACGGUGGCGGUAGUGCAUCUACGACCACUCAAACAGUUCAUCCCAUUUUCAAUGAAAUCAUUGAGGAGCUCCGGCAGAAACUUGCUCCAAACUGUGAAUAUCAUCGGACGAAGAUCGUGACAUUGGGUCACAUUGCGUUCAACAUGCCACAGGCAUUCCUAACGCCCAUUAAGAAUAUGAUUGCACGUCGCAUAGUUAAGGAAUUGCUAAUACAGGAGGUGCCUGCUCAACGAGACAUCGAACUACCCGAAAGUGAUUGGUGUGACCAGGACGAGUUGCCACCGGAUACGCUAUGCAAACUCGAUGCACUCAAGACAAUGGCACGAUGGCUACUUGGCCUACGUUCCGAUGAACAUGCGGCACAAAAGACAUUCCGCAUGCUAGCGGCCUUCGUUAAUCAGCGUGGCGAUCUGUUGGCCCAAAAUCGAUUGUGUGGCGCCGAAAAGUCGUGGUUGCGCCUCGGCGCUGCCUGCGCUAUGCUUAAGGUGUGCGAACAGAAAGGUGUUGGAGAUCAAUACAGCGCUGAGCAGUAUUUGCAGCUUUCUCAGCUGAUGCAAGAUCAAGUGUUGGAGGUGCGCGAGAUAUUUGCGCGAAAGUUGCACAAGGGUCUAGGCAGGAGUCUCCCCCGCAAUUGCCUUCCUCUGGACUUUAUGGGUUUCUAUGUGCUGAGUGGUAUGGAGACCAAUAGAAAAUUGCAGGAGCAAGUGCGCCACUAUGUGGAAGCGGAUGUGAAUAAACGACGGGAAUAUCUUAAAACUGUUGCGAUGACCUCACCGGAUAGCUCGACGGAAUCUCAGUCGUUGCAUAUAUUACCUGAUUACAUGCUGGCUUUUGCGAUACCUGUAUUGGUGCAUGAUCCCAACUAUACGAAUCACGAGGACUAUGUGCAGCUUCGCAAGAUGGAAAAAUGCUUACGUUUUAUAAUCGAGCCUCUGAUGGCGAAACGCGAGUCAUUUGUAUAUAGCUUCUACAAGCAGCUUUUGCAUCUCAUUAAACACCAUGAAUACAGUCAGAGCUCGGAAAAAGAUAGAAUGCAAAAUAACCAUAAAAUGUGGGCGCUCUGUGAUCUCUCCAUGCACAUCAUCGAUGCCAAAGUUGGCCAGUUUGAUGGCAAUUCGAGCGCAUUCUCGAUGCCACUUGCGCUGCCUGAAAUGUACUAUAAACUGCCCUCCGUUGCUAAUUUCCAGAAUAACGAGAUCUAUAUACCGCUGGACGUAUACACUCUGGGGGCCAAAUCGAGCAAAGCUUCGGCAUCGACGACAACGGCAUUAUCACAUGCGAGUGCCGCAAACUCCAAGAGAACUGCAGACUUGGCGAUGAUGGAUGAUGAAAAUUCAUUGGAAAACAAUCUGUUUGACAACAUACGUGCAGCAGACACAACGGAGCCUAUGGCUAAGCGAACGCGCGGCGGUGCCGCAACGGCACCCAAAUCGUAGGAAAGGAUCGCGUUCUUGUUGGUUUAGUAUUAGUUUAGCUCCUAAGUUAACUAAAUAUUUAAGGCGUAGGAAAGAACACCACAGACAUGCACACCCAUAAACACACACAUUCGAAGCAAAUCAGCAUCAAUAUCAAAUUAUAAUUCUUUGCAACCUUUCGUAUGUGUGGAUGAAAGAAACAGACCAACCAACAUAGCAACAAAAUCAUUUUGCUGCUAUUGCCGUUUAAUUUGUUAAUUUGUAACUGUAAUUAAUAAAGCGAAAGUGUAGCUUAUACCAUUAUAAUUAUUAUUAUUAUGCUAUUAUAUAAUAUAUUUUAAAUUGUAUCGU